UUGUGUCUUCUAUAAAACAAAGCAUGAGAAACGAUUUUCUCGAUUCGCAGUUUCCAUAUGCUGUAUUAGUUAAGUCACUCAUACAUUGUAACAGAGAUUUUCAUUUAAAAAACGAAGAUUUGGCACAACAUAGCAAAAUUAUUGACAUUAUUCAUUGUACAUUUAAAGCAUAGUACUACUAUACUUUAGCUAUUCCUUUUUACAUACAAAAGGCAGUUAUUGUGUUUUGUUAAAUGCUAAAUAAAUUAAUGUGACUAACGAACCAAUCAAUAACUAAAUAACCAUUUAAUUAAGUAUGAUGCACAUGCUUAACCGUAAACAAAACAACUAAACAAAAAAUAUAACGAUUCACUGUCUUAUUUUUCAUGUUUAUUGUGAGGGUUUAUACUUAUGUGACUUGGUUCCAAGAACUCGAAAGAAAUUUUAUUGAUACUGAAAAUGGGACACAUUUUUUGUAAACCAGAGAUCCAAACCCCGCAACCAGAAGAAAAGGAAGAAUCUAUUUUAGACUCAGAAUUCAUUAGGGCACCUUCUAGUAGCUCAUCUGAUGAUAUGAACAAAACUUCAGAUUUCGAGAGUUUCAUUAUCCCUUUUGAGAGUGACUCUGACGAACUAUUGGUGAAGAUUCCAGCCACAGAAAAUGACUACCCAGAUGCGAGACCAGUUAGAAUUGAAAAAAAGUUAAAAUUACCUGGUGGAAUUAAAAUGUUUGAUAAUUGGGAUCCUGAUACAACUAGUGACGAUGCAAUCAAUGAGGAAGAACUAUUACCAAUUAGUCAGGCAGACUUAGAUAGCCAUGCUAGAAAGGCUCCGGCAUCAGUAUUGAAUCAGUUUGAAGACCUUAUUUCAUAUCUCGAUAAGCCAGCAAGUGGGAAGGAAUCACGAGAUGAAAUAAUGGUUAGAGCAAUUUUAGUCUGGUUAAGUAAUCAGGAAGUAGAAAACUUCACAUCUAUAAAAGGAGAUGACAACACACCCAAAGGAUUUCUCAGUCUUCUUGGAAAUAAACGAAGUACAUAUCCUUCAUUGUUCGCUCUACUUUGCAGAAAAGCCGACAUACAGUGUGUUCGAAUUCAUGGUGUCUGUAAGGCUGGGGAUUACCAACCUGGAGACAGAAAUGGUGAAGACCUGGCAUGUUUUUGGAACGCUGUCUUUUUGCGAAAUUCAUGGCAUAUCAUUCAUCCAUUUUGGGUUUGUCGGUCAGUUUUUGGAAAAAGGGCAGGUGGCUGGAUAAGAAUAGAGGAAAGUGGAAAAUCAAUUGGACUAAAACAAAAAGCUCACGAAGGAGUGCUUAGGAAUGCAUUUAAAGAAUAUUAUAUAAUGCCAGAUCCAAAUCAAUUUAUUUACAGAUGUCAUCCUGACGAAUCAAAUUGGCAAUUAAUAUCAAAGCCGAUUUCAAGAGAUAAGUUUUUUGAUCAAGCAUAUCUUCUACCACCUUUUUGGGCAUUAGGGUUAACACUAUUAAGUGAAAAUUCCUGCUCAUUGAAAGCUGCCGGAAACGCUGUUACAAUAACAUUUCAAGGGCCAAAAGAAACAGCCAACGAACUAAAUAUGGACUAUGACUUUUUAUUAAAAGAAGAAAGCGCUAAAGAGAAAGAUAGGAAUGAAAUGUUGAAACCAGAAAAUAUGCCACGACUAGUAGCUAAAAUACGAAAUGGGUCUGAAUGGAAUUUUAAUAUACAAUUUCCUGUAGAAGGAAUUUAUAGAAUAGUAAUUUAUGGAGCUCCUGAAAAACAACCAUUGCUAAGACUUUGUGAAUUUCAAAUAAGAUGUACUACCAGAACACAAAAUUGUCGAUUAACGCCCUUCAAUCCCGGUAUGUUAGGAUUUGGUCCAAGCCUUACUAGCGAAAGAGCAGGACUGGUUCUCCCAUCUCACCGUAAUGGUCUUGUAACAACAGAAAAAAAUAUACCAACCAAGCUGAGUUUUCUACUUGACAGUGAAAUGUCAAAAUCUAUAGAAAUAAGAACAGAAUUGAUGGAUUCAUAUAAUGAAGACCAGUCGUCUUUAGUCGUAACAACAAUUGAGAAAAAGGAACUUAAAAUCACGACAACGCUUAUUAAAGAAGGAGAUUACGGUAUCAAGAUUCUAACCGGAAAACGUAGGAGUUUAAGUGAUGAAAACAUUACCAUGCGUGUUGUUUGCAACUACCUCGUUACAACAUCGUAUAAAUUCUCACAUGAGAAAACAAACAAACGUCUUGCACGACACAAUCUUCUAGCUUUUAUUGAAAAUGCUGGGAUUGCAGAAAUUGGAAAAAUUGAGGAAGGCAUUCAAAGAUGUAAGAAAGAGAAAAUUCCGGAAACGGAUUCAGACAUUGAAAAUGCAGAAAGAAAACUGCAAGUUCUACUUUGUAGGAAAGAUAUCCAUGAUGCUUAUAUGAGAAGACAUUUAAUUACAACAGAGAAAACGAUUGAAAGGCUGCACAAAUCUCAAUAUCAAAGAAUAUUUACAGAAAGCAUUAGACAUUUGGAAGAAUUCGCCUCACAACUAAAAUCGCUGGAAGGGUUUACACAACAACUACCAGAUAUCCUCCAUGCUGUUGGUGAAUUUAACCAUACACACGUAACCAAUGAGCAAGUCGCAAAUACUCUUUGUGCUUUGUCUGUCCUCUUUGGUGACAAACAGAAAGAAAUAGAGAUAAAUACAGUAGAUGAUUUACAAGCUAUUUCUAGAGAAGCAAAACACAAAAUUGCAAUCCAAAAUAACACUGGAAGUGCAAGUUUAAAACCGGAAAAUGCACAAAAGGCAUUGAAUAUUAUAAAGAAGUAUUCGUACGAGGAAACAAUGAAGAAAAAUGCAGCAGCAGCACAGAUACAUAAAUGGGUUACUGGUGUUAUCUCCAAAUUGGAACAUAAGAAAAUAUACCAGGAGAACGUUUAA